CAACAAGCGCCGUGCGCCGCGCCCCCUGUCAGGGACAGCCAUUGUUCCGCCGGUCGCGCCGGUCGCGCCGGAGCUGGGUUGCUCCUGCACCCCUGUGUAAGUCCUGGUACCUCCUUCAAGCUGGGAGAGGGCCCUGGUUCUGAACACUCUGGGGUUCUCGGGUGCAGGCCGCCAUGAGCAAACGGAAGGCGCCGCAGGAGACUCUCAACGGGGGAAUCACCGACAUGCUCACGGAAAAGCAGCAUCUGUUAUAGCAAAAUACCCAUACAAAAUAAAGAGUGGAGCUGAAGCUAAGAAAUUGGGUAAUGAAACUGCCUGGAGUAGGAACAAAAAUUGCUGAAAAGAUUGAUGAGUUUUUAGCAACUGGAAAAUUACGUAAACUGGAAAAGAUUCGGCAGGAUGAUACGAGUUCAUCCAUCAAUUUCCUGACUCGAGUUAGUGGCAUUGGUCCAUCUGCUGCAAGGAAGUUUGUAGAUGAAGGAAUUAAAACACUAGAAGAUCUCAGAAAAAAUGAAGAUAAAUUGAACCAUCAUCAGCGAAUUGGGCUGAAAUACUUUGGGGACUUUGAAAAAAGAAUUCCUCGUGAAGAGAUGUUACAAAUGCAAGAUAUUGUACUAAAUGAAGUUAAAAAAGUGGAUUCUGAAUACAUUGCUACAGUCUGUGGCAGUUUUAGAAGAGGUGCAGAGUCCAGUGGUGACAUGGAUGUUCUCCUGACCCAUCCCAGCUUCACUUCGGAAUCAACCAAACAGCCAAAACUGUUACAUCAGGUUGUGGAGCAGUUACAGAAGGUUCGUUUUAUCACAGAUACCCUGUCGAAGGGUGAGACAAAGUUCAUGGGUGUUUGCCAGCUUCCCAGUAAAAAUGAUGAAAAAGAAUAUCCACACAGAAGAAUUGAUAUCAGGUUGAUACCCAAAGAUCAGUAUUACUGUGGUGUUCUCUAUUUCACUGGGAGUGAUAUUUUCAAUAAGAAUAUGAGGGCUCAUGCCCUAGAAAAGGGUUUCACAAUCAAUGAGUACACCAUCCGUCCCUUGGGAGUCACUGGAGUUGCUGGAGAACCCCUGCCAGUGGAUAGUGAGAAAGACAUCUUUGAUUACAUCCAGUGGAAAUACCGAGAACCCAAGGACCGGAGUGAAUGAGGCCUGUGUCCUCCCUGGCAGACACAGCACAAUAGGAGUCUUAAUUUAUUUCUUAACCUUUGCUAUGUAAGGGUCUUUAGUGUUUUUAAAUGAUUGUUUCUUCUUCAUGCUUUCGCUUGCAAUGUAGUCAAUAAAACCUUGUGUACUGUUAUUGGA